GAAGAAUAAAGCAAAAUAAAGCAGAGAGGGGAAAGAAAAGAGACAAAUCGGGAGUCUCACUCAAUAAAUCUCCCAUCCCAAGAAAGAAAGAAAGAAACACCCGACCCACCUCCCAACCUGGUUCAAUGGUGAUUGAUCAUCUACUUACUUUGAGCUUUUCUUGACACAAAUGCGCUCAUCAGUUGUUCGGACAUCAAACAAACAAACAAACACAAACACAACCCUCGUGAAAUUUGAUGUACAUACAGAUAAGGUGUCACUUCUCUCUUCUUCUAUUCUCUGCCCACUUAUUGAGUUAUUUUCCCCAAUAUCCACUUACUAUACACACAAAAACUCUCCACAGAAACUCUGUAUCUACAUAUAAAUCAUACUGGCAGGACAAGGAAUAAAGUUAAGUCAGUGAAUCAAAGGGGAAAUGGGAUCCAGGGGGCGUAGAAAACAGAGAUGGUGCACCGACGAAAGUCAUCAUCAUCAGCCUCUGACCCCAUUGAUGGAAGGUCCAGAUGACCUUGAAAUGCAGCUCAGACCCGACAGAAACAAGAAGGAGAGCUCCGGCGGGUGGGAUACCAUCCGGGAUUGGUUCAGAUUACAGAAAAAGUGCGCAAUCAUGCCAGCAUCUGAUCAUCAUCAUCCAAGUAGUGAUAGUAGUAGUACGAGUAGUAAUAAUAAUAGUAGUAGUAAUAGUAGGCAGGACAUGAGGCUUCUGCUGGGAGUAUUGGCUUGCCCACUUGCCCCAAUCCCUCUUCCCCAUUAUCAAACAGAUAAUAAUCACCACCAACUUCCUCCUCCAAUUAACAAACACAUUCCCAUUGAGACAUGUACAGCGCAUUACAUAAUACAGCAAUACUUGGCAGCGACGGGAUGGUCGACAUCGAAGAAAGUGAAGGAGGUGAAGAAUAUGUAUGCGGCGGGGACGGUGAAUAUGGUAUACCGGCAAACGGAGGUGUCGUCACUGGAGGAUGGAGAGGUAGUGAAUAAGACGGUGGGGAGGAGCGGCGGUGGAAGUGGGGGAGAUGGAGAGAAGGGAUGCUUCGUGGUGUGGGCAAUGUGGCCGGGGAGGUGGUCGUUGGAGUUGGUGGUGGGAGGGAACAAAGUGGUGGCGGGCUCCGACUCCAAGAUUGUGUGGAGACAUACACCUUGGCUUGGUACCCACGCCGCUAAAGGCCCCCUCCGUCCCUUACGUCGCAUCAUUCAGGGGUUGGACCCAAAAAGCACAGCAAGUUUAUUUACGGGGAAAGCAGCACAAUGCAUGGGAGAGAAACGUAUCGGGGAGGAAGAUUGUUUCGUCAUCAAAGUCGCCGCCGACAGGGCUUCCGUCAUGGAAAGGAAUGACGGUCCGGCCGGCGCCGAAGUCAUCCGCCACGUGUUGUACGGGUAUUUCAGCCAGAGGAGCGGCCUCCUCAUCUACCUGGAAGAUUCCCACCUCACCCGGGUCCUGGUCAACCCCCAGGAAGCAAUAAACGUUGACCACCGUAAUUAUGAUCCGUACGCUGAUGACUUAGCACCGGCGGUUUACUGGGAAACCACCAUCGGAAGCAGCAUCGGGGACUACCGGGACGUGGACGGCGUGCUCAUCGCUCAUCGUGGCCGGACGGUGGCUACCGUUUUCCGUUUUGGGGAGACGUCUUCGCAACAGUAUUGGAGGACGACCAUGGAGGAGUUGUGGACCAUACACGACGUCGUUUUUGACGUCCCCGGUCUCUCUGUUGACAGCUUUAUUCCUCCCGCCGAUAUCUGGGAUUCACAUCCCAGCUGAUGAAAUCCCCAACUCCUCCAAUUAUUAAUAUUUCGGUUCAAACUGUAUACAUUUGAUUAUGCAAUGCGUUCUAAUUGCAUAUUGUUCGUGUAAUUAAACUAAAGUUUCUUCCCUGUUUUUGUACAAAUUUAGUAUAAAUUAAUCCAAAAUCCCAUGCCACCAGUCAAGAUCUUGUGGGUGAAAAAUGCAGUGAUUGAUGCAUAUGGUCUUCUUUUUUGAGUAUGCUUGAUGAACAAUUAUGAAGGGACAAAUGAGGCUGUUGGAAAAACCCG